AAAGGACACGUAGAAAAGGAGCACCACCGCCUUUGCCGCCGCGACGGUCUGGGCCGCGGUGGCCCAGGGACUUUGAAUAUGUGGGGGAUUGCCCUCAGCCGACUUGCCCAGGAAAGGAAAGCUUGGAGGAAGGACCACCCUUUUGACUUUGUGGCUGUCCCAACAAAGAACCCUGAUGGCACGAUGAACCUGAUGAAUUGUGAGUGCGCUAUCCCUGGAAAGAAGGGGACUCCAUGGCAAGGAGGCUUGUUCAAACUACAGAUGCUCUUCAAUGAUAACUAUCUGUCCUCACCACCAAAAUGUAAAUUUGAGCCACCACUGUUUCACCCAAAUAUGUAUCCUUCUGGCACAGUGUGCCUGUUCAUCCUGGAGGAAGACAAGGACUGGAGGCCAGCUAUCACGAUCAAACAGAUCUUAUUAGGAAUACAAGAGCUUCUAAAUGAACCAAAUAUUCAAGACCCAGCUCAAGCAGGGGCCUACACAACUGACUGCCAAAACAGAGUGGAAUAUGAGAAAAAGGUUUGAGCACAAGCGAAGAAGUUUGCUCCCUCAUAAGCAGUGGCACUAUGGCUCCAUGACGAGGAAGGGAUUGGCUUGGCAAGAACCUGUUUACAACCUUUUGCAGAUCUAAGUCGCUGUGUACAAUUACCAGUCGCCUGGGAGGGUUGAGCAGUCACCAUUUUCUAUUUCCGCCACUGGCAUUUACAGUUUCAAUUCGCUGAAUUGCUCCAGUUUUUCAUACAGGGUCUAUUCCUUCAGUCUUUUGUAUUUUUGAUUGUUAUAUAAUACUUGCUUUGAUUUUAAUAUUGAUGUCAGUAUUUCAACUGCUGUAAAAUGAUAAACUUUUGUACAUGGUAAGCCCCUAGGAGCUAGUUUCUUCACGCUCAGAUGCAGGCAUGCUUCCCACUCUUCUCUGGCCUCCAGCUGGCUGUAUGACAGAUCCACACUGUCCCUCUCUCCCCAAUCUCGUCCUCCUCAGAAACCUGGGCUGUUGUUUAUGAGCCUCAGAUCCAAAGUUGGCCAGCGUCUCCAUUCUGCACCUCUUCCUUUGUGUUUAUAUGGCGUUUUGUCUGUGUUGCUGUUUUGAGUAAAUAAACUGUUUAUAUAAAGGUAAAAAGAAAGGACAUGUAGCUAAAUCAGCAAAGGAAGCAGGGUGUGGGUGGAGUCUGGGGAAGACUAGACACAUAUCUCCCCAGGGUAGUCAUAUAGUUUGUAUCUAAUUCUCAUGGUGUAGAGUCAUGGCAAUACUGGUAAGGCUUCUACCAAGGAAGUCUGAGGCUCCUCAUUUGAGUACCCUCUGCCUGGGUGAGUGCCAGAGUUUCACACUGCAGCACAUGUAUCCAGAAAAAGCUGUGCUGUGUGCACAUGCUGCAGGCAUAGCGAAGUUAUUCUUGUUAAUUUGUGGAAUGAUGGUGACCAUCCUGAGAUCCAAAUCUUAGAUGCCAGUUGAUGGCCACCUUGUGAAUGCACCUUCCUAACAAGAGCUGUCCUCUCCACCACAUGCCAUGGGCCCUGUGAAUUCUUCUACAUGAGAGUUAUAAGCUGAUUAUCAUAGCCACUCUUUUCUCCUAUUUAAUCUUUUUGCAUUGAACUGUGAGGGAUUUUGUUGAUGGCCCUAGGAAGUGUAGAUAGAUUUAUGAGCAGUGAGAGACACAGUCUGAACCAUUGAUGUAAAUGCUGAAUAGUGAAGACUGUACGACAGGCAGCACAGUGAAGAUUGAAAGCAGAGGUUUUAGAGUUUGGACAUCUGAAUCUGAAUCCUACUUCAUAUUUCUAUAUUUCUGUAAUAUGCACGAUUACAAUUUCUAACCUUUCAUGUUCAUGCCUUGUAGAUAAUCUACCAAGUAUGUAAUUCAUACACAUAGGUAUUGAGUAAAUUUCUUGGAAAGUAGGAUAAUUUAGAUUUCAUGAGGAUGCCAUGUGAUAGACUUAUGGGUAUGUAAAUUUGUAAGUGAGUCAAAAAUGAAAUAUUAUUGGAUGUAGAAUCUCAUAUUCUGACUUUGGUGCUGGGAUUUUUAUCUUUCUUUUCCUUCCAUCCUUCUUUCCUUUCUUCCUCCCUCUCUCCUUCACUCCUUCCCCCUUCUCUCUCUUUCUUUUUUUAUAGAAAUGUGUUGUUUUAUUAUAAAGUCUCACAAAAUGGAAUAUCUCAAAAAGGAAGCUAGGCUAACCCCUCCACCUGCAGAGUUGGGGGAAGACAGGGCAAUGGGAGUUUUUCUGCUUGCCUGAGUCCAGUGGGAAGGUAUAAACAGAACCAAUCUAAAAAUGGCUGAUAAUACCUAAGCCUGAAAAUAAGGGGGUCCCAGAAGACCCAGUUACCCCUUCUAGAAAGCUUAACAAGGGCAUCGUAACAGAGUUCCUAAAGCAGGCACUUGGCAGUUCAGGAUUUUGUCUUCCAGUUGUUUUCUUUCCACCCUACAUGUUUCGAAACUAAGACCUGAGCAGGAUGGACAAUGUGGCUUUGGGAAAAGUUCCCCCAGCACCACUAUACUGGGCUCUGGUCCCUGGUUCCUAUCUAGUCCCUGGGGACAUUAUAUUUAAUAUACUUUAUAUAAAUACACAGAAGAAUAGAAAAUAUAAAAUCUGAGAUGGGGGAGAAGUGGGGAACUUGGGGAGAGGCCACAGCCGUAGGUCUUGCUCAGGCUAGCUUGACCUCUUCUUUCACCCCUUUGGCUUCUGGCUUCUCCUCCUUGGUCUUCUCAUCUUCGGUGACUUUUUUUUUUUCUCUUCUGGAUCUUUUUCUUUUUCAUCCUCUGUUUUGACUCUUUUGGCUUUUUUGAAAUUAGAAGAGUUCUUGCGACCACCUUCUCCCUCUUCAUCUGAAUCAGAGAAUUCUUCCUCACAGGCAAUUCAUUUGUCAGAAGAACAGAUGGAGAUGCGUUUGUCAGGAUCUUCUUCAUCCUCAUCACCACUCUCCUCUGGGAUGGCAUCCUCAGGUAUUGCCUGCAUUUGGAUGCCAGGUGCAUGGGGCAGCAUUCUCAAGUUCUCAAAGAGCCUCUGCUUGAUUUUCUCCAGUUCUAGCAUUGUGGAAUUUCCAUUUGGGAUGAAGGAGAGAAGGAGUUGUGUCUCAAGAGGCUUCUCUGUGUUCCCCUGUGGUUUUGAUUGGAUGGGGGCAUCAUUACUUCUUGCCCUGAAGCUGCCUCACUUCAUCAUGGAGGAAAUGAAUUGAGCUGGACUUGGACUCACUUCUGGCAUCUUAAGAUAGAAACCUUCACAAGCCUCACUGCCAGUUUGUUUUCCUUCAUGAGUAAAAGGUGACCAAAGCUGAGGAAGAGCCAACACCUGCCUCGGCACUCCAGUUCCCAACUGUGACAGGAUGGAACUCUGCUGUUAUGCUGGUCUCCAGGAACUGACUUCUGACGAUCAUGGCAGAGCCAGACAAAGUCUAAUGACAAUGCAGCAUUGGACACAUGAUGACUGCAUUGCCUGGCUUCUGAAGAAAAACAGGUACAGGAUCAACCAUAGCCAAUAUACUCAGUCUGAAGACUGAACACUAAAGAGACUAGUUAGAGAGGCCAAGGCCAAGCAGGGGCCCUGAAGAAGCCUGAGCUAAAAGUUUAGCUGGAAGUAUCUGAGCAUUAAGCACAAAGGUAAAGAUGCAUAAACCUAAAAAACUAAGUGAACCAUGGCAGACAACUGACCAUUGUACUGCCAAACCUCAAUGGACAAGGGAAGUGUGCCAAGAACAAAUCUGAAGUGAAAGAGCCCUGCACCAAAAAAAAAAAAAAAAAAAAAA